UUAACUUGUUUGGUUUUCCAUUAUGUUGUAUGUGUUGGUGAUUUAGCAUUUUUGUCUUGUUAUCUUCAUUUAUGUUUCAGCCAGGAACAGAACCAACAUCUUUAUGGAAAGCCAUGGUGUCUUGAUUGCUGUAAUCUUUGUGUUCUGGAUACUCUUAAUCUAGCACUGAAGGCACUUCUUAGAACCAAACAGAUUAUUUGUACUCCCAUGAAGAGAGUGAUAGGAGAAGACAGAUGAUCCAUAUUGCAAUUUUGGAGAUAGAGAGCAGAAUAAAUCCAAUAAGUUAACAGGAGUUUGCCGAGUAGGAGGCUGCCUAAGUCAAUGUGACAAACUGGACAAGUGUCUAAAUCCUGAUGCCGUAUCUUCUUGUGUUAGUAUCUUCUGCAACAUGCAGGGAUCGAUGGAUGAGCGUUUACUCUCUUCAGCUCGGAGAAGACGCGCAC